CAAACUGUCCAAAGACUCAGCAAGCGUGGAGGGACCCGCGUCCCAAAUAGAAUUUGAGCACCCAACUGUGCUCACAUAGUCUCUGGCUUGCCUCUGCUACCAUAUAACGCUGUAAAUAGUCAGCUGAAGAUAGAAGCAGACCUCGGAGGCGACACUCUACUCCUCAAGUCAACAAAUUUUUGAGUCACCUCUCUGUUCGCUUCAGCUACCUGCUUGCCUAUCAUUGGCGUAGCAGCUAUGUUACGAGCUGCUUGCAGGGCCGCUGGCCUGCCUGCACGCGGCUGAGACUGGGCACGGAGCUAGCCCACAAGCAGCGGGGCGCAGACACGCUCGGCCGCGGCCACUGCAGCCAGCCAGGAUGAUGCGCAUGCCAAAUGCGGACCAAGUCCGCGAGAUCAUGGGGGCAGUGAACCCCAACUCCACCGUGGAGCGCAAGGCCGCCAACAAGGCUGCCAAAGCCAACUAUGCGGCGGAGCUGCAGGCGCAGAUGCGGGCCAACGAGGAGGCCAAGCAGCGCGACCGCGCGGAGCGCAUGGGGCUCAACCGCGCCCCCUCAUACAACAACCAGGGCAUGCCGCCGCCAGGGCCCAUGGGCGGCAUGGGUGGCGGCGGGCCGCCCUCGCCGGGCGGCGGGGGCGGCAUGGGCGGGGGCGGGGGCAGCUUCGGCAUGCAGCCACAGUCCUUCGGCGGGCCGCCGCCGCAGCAGCAGUUUGGUGGGCUGCAGCCGCCAUACGGCCCACCCAUCCAGGCGUGGGGUCCGCCGCCACCGCCGCCCUACCAGCCACCCCAAUACCAGGGUGGGCCGCCACCUUUCCAGCCGCCGCCCUUCCAGCCGCCGGGCGGCUCCUUCGGCAUGCCGGGCUCCCCCGGCCACUCCCCUCCGCCCAACAUGUUCGGCGGCCCCCCCGGCGGCGGCUACGGCCCACCGCCGCCCAACUAUGGGCCACCACCUCCCAAUUACCAGAACAACUUCGGCGGCCCGCCACCGCAACAGCAACAACAGCAGCAGCAGCAGCAGCAGAUGCCGCUGCUGCCCGGCCCCAUCCCGCCUCCGGGGGCACCCGGCGCCAACACCAUGAUGCGCAUGGAGCAGCAGGCCAAGAAGGCCAACUACGCGGCAGAGCUGCAGGCGCAGAUGCGGGCCAACGAGGAGCGCAAGGCGGCGGAGAAGGCGGCGCGCAUGCACGAGGACAUGCGCAAGGACGCGGAAAUGGCGGCCUACGCCGCGCGCGGCGGCGGCUUCGGCGGCGGCGGCCGCGGCGGCGGCGGCGCGCCCCACCGUGACGCCGCCGGCAACAUCGUGGCGGACCUGGCGCAGAUGCACCGCAUGGGCGGCGGGCCGGGCGGGCCGCCGCCGCCGGGCAUGAACAUGGGCAUGAACAUGGGCAUGGGCGGCGGCGGCGGCGGCAUGAUGAACGGAGGCGGUCCUAUGGGCGGCAUGGGGGGCAUGGGCAUGGGCGGCCCGCCCAUGAUGGGCAUGGGCGGCGGGCCCAUGGGUGGCAUGGGGAUGGGCGGCCCGAUGAGCCCAGGCGGCGGCGGCGGCAUGGGCGGGCCGCCGGGCGGGCCCAUGGGCGGCCCGGCCGGCUUCAUGGGCGGCCCCGGCGGCCCCAUGGAGGGCGGCCCCGGCGCACCCAUGCCCAACUUCCGCUUCCGCAGCGACAACGCCUACCUCACGCCCAACGAGCUCAACAGCAAGCAGCAGCAGGCGCGCGAGCUGCAAGAGGCGCUGGAGCGGCAGAUCCAGGAGAAGAAGAUGGCCAAGGAGAUGGAGAAGCAGCGCGAGCUUGCGGAGAUUGCCCGCGAGGAGGCGCGGCUGCGGGCCGACAACGCGGCGCUGUCGGCACAGCAGGCGGCGGAGGCCGGCGGCGACAAGGGCGGCAAGGACGUGGUGGUGGAUGCCUGGGAGAAGGCGCGACUGGAGGCGGAGGAGGCCAAGGCCAAGAAGUUCGCAGCCAAGCGGGGCGGCGGCGCCGCCGCCGCGUCGCCUGGAGCAGGCGGCGGUGGCGGCUGGGGUGAGGGCCCGCCGUUCGGCCCGCCGGGCGGCGAAGGCGGUGGGGGGCCGCCAGGACCGCCGCCGGGGCCACCGCCGCCGCCGCCGGGGCAAGAUGAGUUCUUUGGGCAGUUGGCCGCAGCGGUGGGCGCACAGCCGCCACCGCCGCAGCAGCAUAUGGGCGGCGGCCGGCCCGGGACGCCGCUGGUUGCGGAGAAGGUGCGGCAGGUGGCGGCGGCCGAGCUGGCGCAGGUGAAGCAGGAGCUGGCGGCGGAGGCGGCGCAGCUGCGGGAGGUGGUGGCGGCGCAGGGGCAGACGGUGGCGGCGCUCAAGAGCCACGCGGACCGCAUGGAGGCGGAGGCGGAGCGCGCCAAGGAGCAGGUGGCGGCGAUGCGCAUCAACAUGAUCCGCCGCUCCGUGGAGGAGCCGGAGCACAUCCUGCGCGUCAUGGCGGACUACGACAGGCCGGUGCCGGUGGUUCCCGGCGCGCCCUCGCUGAUGGACAUCGGUCUGGACCUGCCGCCCACCGGCGCCGCGCUGCGCCGCUCCGCCGCGCCGCCGCCCGUGUACGACAUGGGCGCCGUCGUGCCGCUGCACGCCAACCACACCGCACUCAUGAUGGACAACGCCGCCGCCUCCGCCAUAAACGCCAACGCCGCCGCCGGCGCGGCCAGCGGCGUGGGCGUCACGGCGGGCGGCGGCGGCGCGCGGCCGCCCACCAUGGGCCUGCGCACAGUCAACCCGCUGGAGGCGUCCAUGGCGGCGGAGAGCGUGUUCAUCUACCCCAACGGCCGCGAGAUGGGCCGCUACGUCAACGCGGCGGCGGCGGGCGCGGGUGGCGGCGGCGGCGCUGCAGGUGGCGGCGGGGGCGCGAUGGGCGGGCGCAUGACGCCGCCGGGGCUUGGGCUGUCGCAGGGCGCGCCGCCCGGCGGUGUGCCCACGAGGAACACGUCGCAGGCGCUGGAGACGGGACCGGUGCCGCGGACGCCGCCGGGGCUGGGGCUGCAGUCGUCCGCGCUGGGCGCGGCCGUGCUCGGCGGCCCUGCUGCCGCCGGCGGCGGGCUGCACCGGCAGCUGUCCGCCAACGCGCGGCUGCGCGGCGCCGCCGCCGCCACGCCUGUCGACGUGGACCUGGUGAUGCACCGCAACCAGGACAAGUUGGCCAUGCUGAAGAACAUGACGGACCUGGCGGCGGGCGCCAGUGCCGGCGCCAGCAUCGAGGCGCUGGACGACUUCCUGGCGCGCUACGCCUCGCAGCGGCCCGGGCUGCCGGAGCGCACCGUCACGCCCGUGCUGCGCAUCCACACGCCGCAGGUGGAGACCAUCACGCACGGAGCGGCGGCGCCGCCCGCAGCGGCGGUGGCAGCGCCGGGCGCCGGCGGCGCCUCCGGCUCGCCGGCUGCGCCGGUGCCGUUGUACUCCUCUCGCGCCAACUCGGUGGGGCCGCUGCCUAUGGGCGGCGGCCGGGUGCUGUCGGCAGGGUCGGGCCCCAGCAGGCCCGGCGGCUCGACGGCAGGCAGCCAGCCGGGCACGCCGGGCUCCUCGGGUGCGGCGGCGGCCGCCGGGCUGCAGCGGCGCAACUCCUUCACGGGUGACCGCACUCUGCAGGAGGGCGUGCUGUCGCAGCUGCAGACGCCGCCGCGCUCGCCGGCGCCGGGGCCCACGGGUGCGCCAGGCUCCGCCGGUGUCGGCAGCCAUGGCGGCGUCGGCGGCUCGCGGCCUGUGUCGGGCCUCCGAGCCGCGAGCCCGCUGGCGGGUCGGCCGCCCAUCAUGCCCAACACGCGCUACAGCAACAACGGUAGUACCCUAGGCUCCGCCAACGGCGGCUCGCGGCCGGGCUCGAGCCUGGUCGCACAGGCCGCGGCCAAAUCGCCGGCGGUACCCGGGCCGCCGGGCUCCGCCUCCGCCGCCGGCACGCCGCCGCGCUCGGCACUGGGACACAACGUGAUUGAGCACGGCGGCAGCUUCACGGACGGCGCGAGUGAGUGGCCCAGCUACAACCCUUCCCGGGCUGCCACGCAACACGGCCCGCGCCCCGGCGCGGAUGGCGCUGCUGUGGCGGCGUCACAGCUGCUGUCGCGCUCCCGCUCCAUGUCCGCAGCGAGUGAGGGGCUCGGCUCCCGGCCACCGUCGGUGCCGCCGCUGCCUGAGGACAGUCUUGAUGCGGAGAUGCGCAAGGGGCUGGGCUCGAGGCCGGGCACAGGGCAGUCAGGCAUUGCGGCGGCGGCGGCGGCGGCACAGGGGCCGCACGGGGCCGGGGGCUCGAGGCCAGCAUCUGGCCAGUCGGCGUUGGCGGCGGCAUCGGCGUUCCCGCGCUCGCCCAUUCUGGCGGGGCGGUUAAACCGCAUCGGCAGCGCCGGUGGGCGACCCGACAUCACUGGCUCGCCCUCGCACGUUGUAAGCUGAGCGGGCGGUGUCAGGAGUAGAGCAAUGACAACUGCUGCAUUCAGCUUGGGCUUGAAGCGUGCGUGUGUAAAUGCGUGCGUGACACAUUAAUUUGGCGCGUCAGGGAGACAGGACUGCAUGGCCAACUAGGCGGUGUCGUGAGGGAACAUGGUCCGGUCAUGCCUAGUGUACGUAUGUACUCGCGCGUGUUAUUAAAGACGUGACCGGGUUGAAUGACAGAGUGAGAAUAUGCUGUGGUGCCGAGACGGCACAGCGUAACGGACAACCACAUCCAUCGCGCGCAGACACAACAUUGUGCACGUGACGUUAGUUCGGGCCUCAAGAGGCGGGUCAGGUGUGCGGCGUCUACAACAACAGCACGCAAUGCGUGUGCGGGCGACAUGACGGGACGUGUGGCUGACUGGCUGUGCAUUGCGGUGCCGUGGAGCAGCUGAGGAGCGCAGCGUGUUUUUGUCUCGGAGCAACCUGAUACUCAAUUGACAUC